AUGAAGCCCCGCAAAUCGUCGAGCGAUGGCUUCAUCUACUGCUACGGCAACCUAUACAGCCUUCUCUUCUACUGGGGACUGGUGACGUUCCGGGUGCACACCCUGAGUGACGGCGGAGCAGCUUCCUCGCCCAUGAGCGUGGUGUAUGCGGUCUGCGUCCGGCUGUUCGCCGUCUGCGGCUACCUGGGCAGCGUGCUGAUUAAGCUGGAGGAUGAGCGAAUGGGCGCCGCCAUGAUGGGCCACCUAACACCCGUGGUCAAGAUGAUCGUCAUGUGGGAGUGCCUCAGCUCUACGAUCACCUACGUGGAAUACUUCCUCACGCUGGACGUCCAGCGACGCCGCCACGUCAAGCUCCUGGCCAACAUGCAGGGCUUCGACCUGGACAUUUCCGUGGAGUUUCCCUCCGUGCGCUGGCAAUACCAGCGCACCCGCUCCAAGUACUGGUACGGAACGGGGAUUGUGUCCAUCUGCUUCUUUUCCUUCUCAGUGUCGCUCAUCUUUGACCUCGUUCGGUGCACCUGCGGCCUACCGUCCACCCUGCUGAUGGCCGUCACCUACACCCUCCUUACGAGCUCCCUGGGGCUGGUGGGAUUUGUUCACAUUGGCAUCAUGGAUUUCGUGCGGCUGCGGCUGCGCCUCAUCCAGAAGCUGCUGCAUCAAGAGUACGCGCCGAGUACUGGUCCACAAGAGACGGCCCUUCGGAAGAUCGCCAAGCUGUUCGAGUUCUCCAAGCGCUGCUCCCAUUUGCUGGCAGAGUUGAACGGCGUGUUUGGGUUCGCCGCUGCCGCUGGAUUCUUCUACGAGUUCACCCUGAUGACCUGCUUCGUGUACGUGAUCUGCCAGAAGGUUCUGGGCUCCGAGGCCUGGGACCUGGAGUACACAUUCAUGCUGCUCCACGUCGCGCUGCACUCCUACAAGCUAAUCAUCACCAGCACCUAUGGCUAUCUGCUUCAGCGGGAGAAGCGAAACUGCCUCCGCCUGCUUGGCCUCUACGCGCAGCACUUCCCGCACCAGGCACUGGCCCGCAGGCAGGUGGAGGACUUCCAGCACUGGCGCAUGCACAACAGACAGGCGGCGAUCAUCGGGAGCAGCAUUCCGCUCAAUGUGUCCACCAUUUUCAUGGUGUACAACGGCAUGGCCAACUAUGUGAUUAUCCUGGUGCAACUGCUGUUCCAGCAGCAGCAGAUCAAGGAUCGGCAGAGGGGCAUGGGCAGGGAUGUGGACUUUGUGGGGCCAAUGGGUCCCACUACUCAUAUGGAUUAG